AACUUAUAUAAGCGGGCUGCAGUGUUUUGUUUUUGGCAGCCACCUCACCCCCAUCGCGCUUGCUGCUCGGCGGCCCUGCUUCCUCCGGAGCGGUGGGUUACUCAAACGGCGCAAAGGCUGGAGCUCCUGAGAUAACGACGGGACAUCCCGUUAGACGGAUAUUCUGUAGCCCAGACGUCUUCGGGAGCAUUUCUGUUUCUUCGAGAGUUUUCUGACUGUUUCCACCCCGAGCGCUCCGUUGUCAGCCAUUCAAAGAAACAAAAAAUGGUCCAGAAUAAAAUCACCGAAGUUACCGGAUUUCACAGAUCCUUCAAGGGUCAGAACCCCUUUGAUUCUGAAUUCAGUAAAGCUAAUGCCCACUUCCUUGGCUCAACCUUCGAUUUGGAUUCCCCUGAAAGACCCGAAAUGCCUGCCAGUCAGCCCAUUGACAUUCCAGAUGCUAAAAGGCGGAAUAGGAAGAAGAAGAGGAGCAGGGCAACUGAUAGCUUCACGGGGCGAUUUGAAGAUGUGUACAAGCUGCAGGAUGAGGUGCUGGGGGAGGGGGCUUAUGCCAGGGUCCAGACCUGUGUCAACCUCAUCACCAACAAGGAAUAUGCUGUUAAGAUCAUUGAGAAGAGACCAGGACAUAGCCGCAGUCGUGUCUUCAGGGAGGUGGAGAUGCUCUACCAGUGCCAGGGCCACAGAAACAUUUUGGAGUUAGUAGAGUUCUUUGAGGAAGAGGAUAAAUUUUACCUUGUGUUUGAAAAACUCAGGGGAGGCUCCAUAUUGAAUCACAUCCACAAAAGACGCCACUUCAAUGAGCAGGAGGCCAGCGUUGUGGUGCAGAACAUCGCCAGUGCACUUGACUUCCUGCAUACCAAAGGAAUGGCACACAGAGACCUCAAGCCUGAAAAUAUCUUGUGUGAGCAUGAGGACAGAAUCACACUUGUGAAGAUUUGUGACUUUGACCUGGGCAGCGGCAUUAAGUUGAACAGCGACAGCUCCCCUAUAUCAACACCAGAGCUUCUUACUCCGUGUGGCUCGGCAGAAUACAUGGCCCCUGAGGUAGUGGAAGCCUUCAGCGAGGAAGCCAGCAUCUACGAUAAACGCUGCGACCUCUGGAGCCUGGGGGUCAUCCUCUACAUCAUGCUGAGUGGCUAUCCGCCAUUUGUGGGCCGCUGCGGGGGUGACUGCGGAUGGGACUGGGGGGAACCCUGUCAAGCCUGCCAGAACAUGCUGUUUGAGAGCAUCCAGGAAGGGAAGUACGAGUUCCCUGAGAAGGACUGGGCUCACGUCUCCUCUAGUGCCAAAGACCUCAUUUCCAAGCUUCUGGUGCGGGACGCCAAGAACCGUUUGAGUGCUGCUCAGGUGCUGCAACAUGCGUGGGUGCAGGGGUGUGCUCCCAAUGCUUUGCCUACAUCCAUACUACUUCAGAGAAGAAGCAGUGCCAAGGAUCUGACACUGUUUGCAGGGAAGGCCGUGGCCAUGAACCGGCAGCUAGCCGAACAGGAAGAGACAAAGGAGGAACACGAGCGCCCCCUGGUGGUGACUGCAAGCUCCAGCUCCAUGCGUCUUUCCCCGCCCUCAAGCUCCAAGCUGGCCAAGAGGAGGCAGAGGAGUGGUCUGCUAAAGCAGGAUCCAGUCUCUGCCUCUGAGCUACACCAGCUCCUUGCUCCUCUGGUCAUCGUGGGGGACUGUGCCUAGCCCAGUGUGCUCGUCCCACUUCUGCUCAGGGUUUUUCAUGAGCCCCGUGGUCAUCUUGCCAGAGCUCAGUCCAUCUACCCUACUCUCCCCCCUGCCCCCCCAGCCUUCUUCCUGCAGGAGGAGAUGGGAGCAGUUUGUGUGACCUCCAGAUGUUUCCUGUUUUUUUUUUUUGUGUGUGCAAUUAGUGGCAUAAAGUGAGCUCACCACCAAAGGACUACCUGUCACUUUGUCUACAUGUGCUACAACUGGACCCACUGUGAAUUUCAUUAGGCAGAAAGUCAACCCCUCUCUUGCUUGUAUGUGUGUGGGCACUGUUGGUUGAUCAGUGACAAGCUUAUGCAAUUGCAGCAAUGAAGGUAACUAUGUAACCAGCAUUGAAUUGGAACAUCUGGCAGUCAGUGAUGCCAGACCGUCUAGUGCCAUCUGUUGCUGGGUUCCCUUAAGUGAACUUACCAGUGUCUCUUUAAUAUUCACUCUGCAGUGCAUCUGUAUGCACAUGGCCUGUGUGUUCCUAGAAAAAAAUGUCCAAUAGAAAACCACCCCAAUCCAACAAAGGUUUCAUAUAGGGUUUUUUAACCCUCAAGUGUCGUCCAUACUGGGCUCUUCCCUGGACCAGCAACAACUUUGCACCUAAACACUAUUUUGUUUUUGUGGCUAGAAAAAGUUGCAUUUCAAAGUUAAUACUUGAUUUCCAAAGUGUUGGAGAAGCUAAAGUGGGAGCUUCACUGAGCAUGUAAGCCAUACGCUGUUGGGAAGAAUAUAUAUGUAGCGGUUCCUGAAUUCAUUGUGCACCGAAUGUCACAUCAUUGAUAAUGACAUCAUUUAUUGAGUUAAUAUUGCCCUGGGUGGGUUCUCAUAUGAUCCAAGACAGACAAUAUCGACACAUGUUUGUUAAUUAGGCUUUUCUGAAAGGUCGGGGACAAAGGAGAUUUCCUCUUUAGCUGAAGGCAACAAUGUCUGUUUAGCGAAAUGUCAAAACAUUUCUAACAAACGCGUCAGUUUUUGGAAACUGAAAGUUUAAAAAAGCAGACGUUUGAAUAGUGCUCAAGAAUAGGGGAGGAAAAUCAUUCCAGGAGAGUCUUCCAAAGAAAUGUCUUAAUAUGUAAGUAGAUGGAAUUACAUAUUUGGAUCUCUGUCUAAGCUGUGCCAUUUGUUAAGCUUUUUCGUUAGUGUUCAAACCGGUGCUGGUAAUUGAUCCUUUUACGUUCACAUUGAAUUAUAUUUAGUGGUUAUGAUGGCAAAGCAUUUGUUAAAAUGUGAGAUGGUGGAGAUGAAUCUGUAGAAGUAUGGCAGCAAAAAAACAAUCUAGAAAAUUAAGCUCUAUUUUCUUUCUUUGGUUUCAUUUCAAGGUGGGCAGUGACUAUUUUGCUCCAUCUUAUUCUGGCAGUGUCUAAAUUUCAGUUGGACAUGGUAACCUAAAAAUUUAUCUUUGCAAAAAUAUUUUAAUUGCUGUAGUCAAAAUGAACUUAACCUUGAAUUUGGCUGUUUGCAUAAAUUAACUGUUACCAUGGGACAAAAUUUGCCCAAACAAUUUUCUGAACAGUGUUGCCCAGAUGUUUCCCGCGUAAUGUGGUCCUUGAAGAAAGAAAAGCAGAUUAGUUUUGGCUGGGAAGUGGUUGAUGCUGACUGUAAUCCCUGAUCUUUCACCAAAUGCAUUUAUGGUGUUUGUCUUAUAGUAAGACUUGAUCUGUACAUCUUUGUUUCCUUUUGUUUUGUUUGGAGGAGUCCAUCAUUCAGCAAAUUUAAAGUGAAGACAAGGCACAAGUUGAAUGGUCUUUGGUUUUGAAAAGACAUUUUUAUUUUAAUUCAGUAUUUUUUUUUUAUAUAUAUAUUCAACCCAGAAAUCCCCCUUGGUGCAUAAAUGUCAGGAUUUGAUAGCAUUAUCCAUUCACUGUUCUGCAUGCUACCUCUGUCAUAGAGAUCUCUGUGCUACUCUUGGUCCUAAACAUUUAGCCAAUAGGACUAGCACGGGUAUGAAAUCCGAUUUUUCACAUCUCAUUUUCUAUGCAGAGUAGCACUGUUCGAGAUCUUCUGACAACUGGGUCAACUGACAGUGGUCUCAGGUUAAAAACUGAUCUUGUUUUCAUUCAUAAAUUCUGUGAUUUAAGGAUUGCUUUCCGAAGCACUGGAAGAGUGAGAUCUGCUCUUGCAUCUCCCUGAAACUCUGGCAUUUACUAACUGCCGCACCAAAGGGGGAUGGAAAGGUGUGGUUGGGGUUUUUUUUCCCUUUAAAAAUGAAAUGUGAAUUCUACCUGUUACUGACAAGUCCUAAUGUUUCCAUAUUUUCUUGUUUAAGGUCUUUUGUUAGCACUGUUUAGUUUUUUUUUUUUUUUUGGUUUGUUCUUAAGCCCCAAAACACUUAGGGGGCAAUUUUGAAAAAGGAAACCCAACAAACUUUACUGAUUAUUUAUAAAAGCACUUUACUGUACCACAUGGCAAAUUGCAGUUAAAGUAAAAUUUCAUAAGACUGUUCUAGAAUUUUGUACCAUUUUCUAAAAAAAAAAAUAAAAAAACUCAAACUGA